AUCGGAUCUUCCGCGACGUUUGGGCCGCCGGCGCCGCCAUUGUCCCGAUGGAAACGUCGACCACGAUGGACAUGUCAAAGCUGUGGCGGCAGUCGGCCCAAGCCCAGCCGCCGCUGCCAUUAAAGGACAACGAAUUGCACACGCGUGAGCCGACCAAAGUUCGUCCGCAGUCGGGCAGCAUGCUGAUUAAACCAAAGCGCAAGCGCAUUGGAUCUGCAAAAGCGACCCGGUUUUCUUGGAACCUCCUCGUGAAGCAUGAUCAGCCAGUCGCCCCAGCGUUGCAAGAAAGUGUGCAGGCGCUUGCAAACCAAACGGCCACUGCAUUGUGCGAUGCACCGUCGAGUCCCCCCGUGGCUCUUGUCCUACCUUCAAACAACGCGUCCACCGUGCCUGAAACCGAACCGAGUCUGGACAAUGCACCCGCCACGGAAAUGGGCGACGAUGCCUUGGCGCCGCUAAAACCCCGACGAAAAGCCACCGUGUUCGCGGCGCGACCUGUCGCAGUUCCGCUAUUUUCCGACAUCAUGGCAGAUAACUUGGAUGGCCCAUUUGAGCCCGUGCUUGACCACGACACACGGCGGAAACUGACUGCAUGGCUACGACAGUUCCCCGACGAGCAACGCGACUUUCUAUCCCCGAUCAACUACUUUGAGCUCAAGUAUUCCCAGGCUAGAGGGCUAACGUCAGCUUGGAGAGACCCGCAAAAGAUUCGUCUUGCAGUGGCUUUUGGCAGUUUGCAUGGCCUGGCGGCUACCAACACCCCGAUCCCGUCGCUCUUCCUUCUGCAGCUUGUCGAGGAGAUGGGCCAAGGACUUUUUGAGAAUUACUCGGCUGUGCGAGACGAAGUCGCUGCUCUGGUGAACCCGUGCUUGUACUACUACGAGUCAGCCGCCGCCUACUUUGAGCGGUAUACCGCCAAAUGCGAGGCGCUGGCAGACAUGAAGGCGCAGCUGCGCAAAGUGAUGGAAGAAACCGACUCGAUCAAGCAAUCCAGCAUGUCGACGCAAGUCCUGUCCAAACUCCGCACGAGCGUCGCCUUUGUCAAGCACAACAAAGUGGCACCGAACGUGCAUAAGCGCCACAACAGCGUCUCAAGCGCUUCGCCGGACGACGAGGACUUGGUCAGUGAAAUCCAGAUCAAGGCAUUCAUGGACUACAUGUCCCCCGACGACGUCGCGCACAUGCUGCUACGCGUGCUGGACGACAAAACAAUCAUCCCGACGCUGGCCUCGCUUGUCGAUGCCAUGAACGAAGACCAGAGGAUGGAGUUUUACGCUGCGUAUCAAAAGUGCAUGUCUGCCGACGAGCUGUACCUGUUUAUCAGCCGCGAAAUGUCCGAGAAGAAGUUUAUGACGCGGCAAGCCAGCAACGCCCCGCUGUCCCGAUCGAAGAACGUGCACACAACGGAGGGGUUUGUCGACAAGCUGCGGCGGCUACUGUGCAUCGAUCACAUUCCGCCGCCGUCGCCCAAGGACCACGUUUUCACGCCAGAAGAAGAACAUGUUUUGGUGACCGUGGCGGCCCUCAUGAAGCACUGCCACGAAAUUCGAAACGAACUGUCGGGUUGCACGUUAAAGGAUGUGAUUCCGAUCCACUCGGCGAUUCGAAACACGAUUGGGAAACUGCUCCAGUUCGGCGCGCCGCCUGUCGACCCGCAUGCGCUGGCCACGGACGACGAAAACGGCCACAACGCAGCCAACAACAAUGGCGACAGCAGCAGCGACAAACCGAGCCCCCAUGACGCAGAGAACGAAGAUGACAUGGACGACGAAGAAGACGACGACUUUGACGUGUCGGAGCGGCAAAAGAAGAAAGGCGGCGCACGCCGGAAGACGCGAAAGCGCAAAGGCGCAGUCGCUGGCAAGACGAAAGCGUCCCGUGUCAUGCCGCUGGCCGACGUGUGUUCAGCGAUUUCGUCACUGCUCUGUGAAAAGUUGUGGCAGGAGGCAAAUGACCGGUCCAAGCUCACGCUCCGGCCAUUCAUGCGGCAGUACUUCAUCCGCGUGUACGGACUCAAGUCAUUGGCAUUGGCGCACAUUUCGAGCUUCAAGCACUCGCUCGGGGUCAAUCAGGACGAGAACGUGCGCGCGUCGCUCUUUUACUGGUUCCUCGGGUGCGACGAGAGCCGCAAGUUCAGCGCCGACUACGCGUUUGAGUUUUUCAAGACGGUGGUCAAGCAUAUCCUCGUCGUGCACAACAAAGCUCCGGUCAAGCCGUUUCUGGCCCCCGCGACACCCGACGUGAUGAAUUCCCUUGAGAGCAUCCAGUAUGCGUGGAACGAUCUCCUGGGAGAUGGGUGCGUAGUCGACGAUGGCGAGAACUCGUCGUCGUCCAAGCGGCGCAUGGUCACGCUGGCCAAGGCGAUCGAAGUGACCAAGUUAAGUUUCUACGACGGGAACGACCGAGAAGCGGCCAUCUCGAUCUUUAUGGACGAACUCAAGGAAAAGGCGACGCCCAUGGGAAUGGAAGACUUUCUCAGUGGCAUCAUGGACUGCUGGCUCAAGUGCUUUGAGUCGACGGUCCAGCUCAUUCGGGUCAAGUUUCGCGAAGCCGACAAAAACGGCGAUGGCGCGAUGGACUUUGACGAAUUCGUUGCGUUCAUGCAAUCCUCCAACGUCCUCGGGUUCAGCGAGGAGAAUGCAUCUAGUCGGCGGCCAACGUCGUCGAUUUUUCGAAAGCCCGCGACCAGUUAUGCCAGCAGCUCCUCUAGUCCUUCGAAGAAGGCUUCGACAACGACGGACGCCGAGAUAAAAAAACGGGAAGCGGCGCGCUCGGAAGCUCGCAUGCGGCGGGAAGCCAUCUCGAUCUAUGAUUCCCUCACGAACGACGAAAACAUCAUUGACGAGAACGCUUUUAUCGAGUACUUGUUGUCGCAAGUGCAGUGGCUGACCAACGAAGAAGACGCCAUGGGGACCGCCUUGACCGAUACAUCCAACAAUGGGAGCCCUGCCACGGCAGACACAAGCGCGACCACCUCCGUGGGCAGUGGCGACAGGACCCCCGUCAACCUCGUGCUAGACGAAAAUCCUGUCGACGCCCCGACGUUGGAAGCUUUACCACUUGGCCAGCCAUCGCUCCUCGCUCUGAAUUUCCCUCCAGCAACGGAGGCUGGUCCGCCACCAACGACCUCCCCCGUUGGUCACGACCGUGCCCCAGUCUGUCCAUCUUCCUGCGCAUUGGCAGUGUGAUUCAUGAGACCUAUCGAUACGGUUCUGUCUGCCUUCAAGCCGAAUGUAAUUUUGUAUUCACAUGUGGACGAGGCACUCAUGAUGAGAGGCAGUGCAGCUGCUGGCAGCGCCUAGGUGGGGAAGCUGCCAUCCCCCACGCUCCUCCAUACACAGCACUACUCUGCACUGAGCUCUGUACUGCACGCUCUGCGGUCAAGAGCAUCCUAGUUCGUGACGUGUUGUGCAAAAUAAUUGAAGCCACUGGUUCGACUACGCCUGGCCUGACCCAUCGGGCCAACUUCGCAAGCUCGGAAAAUGCGAUCGUGGUGGUUGUACCAACUACAAGAGAAGCGACAGAGUUGUAGCCCGUUGGCGGAAAAGUUCAGGCCGGCGACGCAGGUUUUCGCGGGGGCGACGGCAGGAUACUGAUGGCGAUCGUGUCGGCACUUCGAGUAAACUGUCGAGAUACGCAAAGCUCGCACGACAUCCCGUCUUCCUCGUUAACAGCAGGCAAGGACAUAAUGUAUGGCCGCCGCUUGUUCCGCCAGUGCCGCACGUCGGCGUCCUGGAACGGCACGUGCUUCCCAGCUACGAUAGUCGCAUGGUCGGAGGUAGAGCGAGGCCGGCUUGGGCACUUUGUCACGUAUUUGUACUCAACAACGACCCCGGGGAUCGGCCGCCGGGAUACAUCGAGUGGCGGGCGCUUCUUGUGUUGAGAUUGACUGGUCGACCGGUGUGCUGACGAGUGGUUCGAGUGGCGUGCGGGUGAAUGGAUGGGACGGUGCGCAGGCGCGUUCACUGGUGUCAAGUAGACGGUGUGUGAAUUGGCCACUUUACAGCUGCAAGCGGCGGCCGCGUUGGCAGCACUCGACGGUUGUUCGAUAACGGAUUGGAAGCGAUAUCGCAUGGUGAGGUCGCUGUCGAGGACGUCCUCGAUAUCGGCUUGCUCAGCCACGAUACCCUUGGCGACGACGAACAGUGCCAGCAUGACGAUGCGAACGAGGUGUGUUCCUAGCGUUCCUCGCACUCGGCUAGCGACUUGGCGAAUGCGCCAGAGAAUUCUGGGCAGCUGCCCAAC